AUGAGCACUAAGGCUGUGUCGCCGAUACCAUUCGCUGUCUUUGGCGGCGAAUCUAUGAUGAUGGUUACUCCACAUUUGGCUGAAGUCGUGAAUAAUGGAGUUGAUAUGCAAGUGGUGAAGCCUGGCAAUGUGACAUUCUACUUUAUGAAAAAAACCACCGCUGAAGCGAAGACUUCACCCGAUGCCAAACGCUUCGACAAGAACUCCCUGGUUGGCCAGACUCUUCGUGCGGGAGAAAUUGGGGAACUCAUUGGGUCUUCAUGUGAGGAGGUGAAGAUUAAUGACAAGUGGAAUUCUGAAAACUGUCUGGUCGUGGAGAAGGGUGUUAGCGAGGUGCAUCAUCACGAAGUCCGACGAUUCACUAUUCAAAAAAUCAAUGAAAUUGAUAUGAGACUAUAUCGCAUAAACAAUGCUAUGAACAUGUGA